AUGUCUGCUUUUUCCUCGUCCACCACCGAGUAUCGCCAAGCGAUAAUGAGGUUGUACGAGAAGUACGACCCCACCAAUGUGUCGCGGGUGGAUGCACUGCUGCACCGGUUUCUAGGACGUGAGGAGGCUCUCAUGAAGGCCUUGGAGCGAAAGUUCAGUGAGCGCAUGAUGUCAGAGGGUGAGCAGACAUCCACCAGACUCACAGGAGACUGUGCGGACGCCGCACAAUGUGAGUUGGAGGCCUGCUUCUCAGGCCCUCCACCACACGCAGCGCCAACUGCCAUCAUUUCUCGAAAAUGUGAUGAUGCCAUGUUGUCUAUGGCGGCAGUGCAGCCGAUCUCGGCGUCUUCUGAUCUCCAUGCUGCCACGGUUAGUGAGGAUGUAGACUGCGAUAACUACCGCAUGCAAUUUAUACGCCUGUGCGAGACCCACUCCCCGAUCCGGGUGAGUCCGGUCGAUCAUGAGCUAGCCAAGUGCAAGGAGCAGGAGGAGGCAUAUCUGCAUACCUUGGAGAAGAAGCUCAUCGAGGUGCAGCCUCCGCCGGCUGCAAAGGAUUCUGUCGAGGAGGCAUCACUGCCGGCCACGCUACCCACUGUAGAAGUGCGUCUUCGCGACGACCACCCAAAGCACACCAGCGACAGCGCUGGCUAUGAAAUGAACACUGCGCGGCUGCUGCGCAUUGACGAGGCAUAUGCACCAGACCAGGCGCACCACGUGGAGCGCCAGCUCCAGCGCUAUGUGGGGCGAGAAGAGGAGGCUAUCCAAGCGGUUGUGGCCAAGUACGGACCUGAGCCAGUCCCCCUUGUAGCAGAGACGGAGUUAAUAAACCCCAUUGUGACCAUCAAGUCGGAGGAGACAUCGACCGCCACCGAAAAUAACGCAGACUCUCUGCAGAUUCCCUCUCCUAGUGGACCUUUGACGAUAGCGGCCACGCCUCAGAGAGCAAAGAAGACCACUGAGCAUGCAGUUGAUGGGUUGGCAGCUUCUGCCUCGGCAGAAGCGACUCUCUCGGCUCAGGCCGAGGCUGCCUCCACGUCAACAACAACCCAGAAGGCGAAGGCAGUUUCGGUGACUGUGCGCGCAACAGAGCACGAGGGCAAUGACUUUGAUGAUGAGGCUUCUCCGACCCAGGUGCCAAAGCUUGAUGCGGCUGUCUCGGCGUCGGCGGUGCCUCACUCCAGCGGCGGCACGCAGCGCGCGUCAUCGCCGCCUGCCAAGAGCGUCGUAGCGACAGGCAUGAAAAGCAACAGCCUGGUUCUCGUUGCUGUGGCAGGAUCUCUGCAAACGGCUUCCGCAAGGAAAGGUAAAACGAGCAUCAGAACGUCGCGACUCACCAAGGAUGUUUUUCCAGCCUGCAAAGGUGAGGUGGCGCGUGACCUCAUCUUGGAUGGAAACGAGAUAGAUGCCUCACUGAGCCGCGCCGUCAGGUGGACAGCACCAUUCAACAUUGCGUUCUACGACUUCUUCCGCGUUCUAGGAAGCUAUCACGCUCAUGGAGGCGAGCGAGUGAGUCUGCGAGUGGCCAACACGUUGCUCAGCGCAUUGUUCCCAGAAAUGUCGCCGAGGAAAGUGCUUUGGGAGUACGGCGACAUGGCGUGCCCGGGCGAGGAUGGGGUCGGCGUGUUAGCUGAGGAGAUGCGAGAGCGCAUCGUACAGGGAGCUGCGCAACAGCUGCGGAACAGUGCCAGCGUCUCGAAUCUGCAUGUGGCUCAGUAUACGCGGUUACUAGUCCGACGGAUGGAGAGCUUUGUAAAGACCUGCCGAACAGCAGUGCUACAGCUUCAGCGGCAGCCGCGUUCCCUCUUCGCUGGCUUCUGGGUGCACCGUGCUGUUCUCCCACGCGCUGUGCCUCAGUGGAAGCGGUGCUGGGCCACGAUGGGCGCAGAUGGCGACGCUGUCUUGGUGUGCUGCGUGGGCUCUCUCAAAACGGAGUGGCACAUUCCAUUCGCGCGUGUGGCGCGUUGCUACCGCGAGAAUAAUGCGACUGGUGCACCGCGCACAUGCAUGCGCAACGGCCUUGCUUUUCAGCUGACAACUGGUGUGCCGCCGUUGAUCGUGGUGGUGUGCCCAGAAUCGAGUGAUGUGACCUUGCAGCUCCUCUCCACUUUCCGCUCGUGGAGCAGCUCGCCGCGCGACAUUCAUGAGAGGUGCAGUGCUACACACUUCGCCUCCUCGCCGGUCCCAGCGCCUCACUCGCAACAUGACGGCGCGGAGAGCCGCAAAUACCGGGAAGCCAAUCAGGUCCGGGUUUGGGUUCUCGUGAGGGCCACGUCGACGUACGAGCUUCAAAGGUGGUGCGUGGAGGGGGUGUCGAUACACAUGGUGAGUGACCGCACCCGCGAGGUGCACACCUGUGCCGUUGUCGAUGUAGAGGGUGCGUUCGCUGAGAUGAAGCUGCCAGUGACACCGCCGGCGAGGAGCGCGUAUGGCUUUGUUUUGUGCUUCCGCAACGGCGUGACUCCCUUGAUGGCGUUUACCGAGCAAUCACAAGCGCGGACGCAGCUGCUCGAUCGUCUCUAUCGGGGUCAGGUGCUCGCUCAGGUAGAAGCCAAGACAAUGUGUAGGAGAGGCGGAGGCGUUUAG